CACUGCUAGAAGACAUUUCGGUCUUUUAACUUGUUCUGACUUCUGUCAGUUCGUAAGUAAUAAAUCCAAAAAUUGUUUAUGAAGCAUUUCCCUACAAGCUGUUGAAUUCCUUUCAAAUCAACAUAUUUGUUCAAUAUUAUAGGGAAGAAUGUCUAGCGAAAGAGAAAACGUUAAAACUUUUACUAGUCCUGAAGCUCCAGGCUAUGUAGGUUUUGCAAAUUUACCUAAUCAAGUGCAUCGAAAGUCGGUGAAAAAAGGAUUUGAAUUUACACUUAUGGUCGUUGGAGAAUCUGGCCUUGGAAAAUCUACGUUAGUUAAUAGUUUAUUUUUAACCGAUUUAUAUCCAGAAAGAAUAAUUCCUGAUGCUGUUGAGAAAACUAAUCAAACUGUAAAACUUGACGCUUCCACGGUAGAAAUUGAAGAAAGAGGCGUUAAACUUAGACUUACAGUUGUUGAUACACCUGGUUAUGGAGAUGCUAUUGAUAAUACAGAUAGUUUCAGAGCCAUCAUUCAAUAUAUUGAUGAUCAAUUUGAAAGAUUUUUACGCGAUGAAAGUGGAUUAAAUAGAAGAAAUAUAGUCGAUAAUAGAAUACAUUGUUGUUUUUACUUUAUUUCUCCAUUUGGUCAUGGAUUGAAACCUUUGGAUAUAGAAUUUAUGAAACAAUUACAUAAUAAAGUUAAUAUUGUACCAGUAAUUGCAAAAGCAGAUGUACUUACUAAAAGAGAGGUACUACGUUUAAAGAAACGUGUAAUGGAAGAAAUUGAAGGUAGUGGCAUUAAGAUCUAUCCACUACCAGAUUGUGAUAGCGAUGAAGAUGAAGAUUAUAAAGAACAAGUAAGACAAUUGAAAGAAGCUGUCCCAUUUGCAGUUUGUGGUGCAAAUUCCUUACUCGAAGUUAAAGGGAAAAAAGUUAGGGGACGACUCUAUCCAUGGGGUGUUGUUGAAGUAGAAAAUCCAGAUCAUUGUGAUUUCAUUAAAUUGAGAACUAUGCUUAUAACACAUAUGCAAGAUUUACAAGAAGUUACACAGGAAGUACAUUAUGAGAAUUAUCGUAGUGAAAGAUUAGCUAAAGGAGCUCCGGUUCCACCAAGACGGCAAACAAUUGUUGAGUCGGAAAAAACAACUUCUGUAUCAGAGAAAGAUCGUAUUUUACAAGAAAAAGAGGCUGAAUUACGUCGUAUGCAAGAAUUAUUGGCAGUAAUGCAGGCACAAAUGCAACAGCAACAGCCAUAAUUAAAUAAAUGUUGGACAAACUUGAGGAAGAGCUUCGGCUCUAUAGGUGCCAAAAAGUUUAUAAAAUAUAUGUGACAUACAAGAAUGUAGCUUUAAGAGACAAUUUAAUUUUUACAAGCUUCUAUUUAGCUGAUAUAUGCGUUAUAUAAGAACAUUCUUUAAUGCAUAGUUCUUUUUAACUACUGCUUGCAUACAAGUAUAUUUAAUAUUUGGUAGACUAAUAUUUUUUUGAAUUAACAAGAUUUAAUAUGUAAGAUAAAUAGGACAAUUAUUGAUACAUAGUGCAAAAUAAUUAUAUCUUUGAUACCAAUACCAUUGCAAGUUAAAAGACGAUAAUGAGAAGAAAGCGACAGUUGUCAUAAGUGCCUUGUAAUUCUUUAUUUUGUUUCAAAAAGUUCUGGUUUAAAAAGUUCGUGAAACAAUAUUAAACAAAAAUUAUGAGAAAUAGGUCUCCUAACGAAAGUUAUUUACGUUAUGAUUACAAUACAUUUCAUGUCCACUUAGUUUUUAAAGAAUUACUAUGAAAUAAUUAAAAGGAGGCAAAUAUCAAAGUAUCUCAUAUUGUGCUAAAACCAAAAAAUUCCAAACUAAUAUAUUAUAUUUGUUUAUAGAUACUGCGAAAAGAAUCUCGUAUUUAAUUUAAAAAAUAGAAUUCAUGUCAAUGUUAUAUAAUAUACAUUAUAAUAACAUAUGAUUUUACAAGACUUUAGAUAUGGUAUAAACAUUUUUUUAAAUUAUCAUUGUUCACAAAUAAUAUAUGAGUAAAAUUAUACUCAUUUGUACAAUGAGAAAUAUGUCUUCGAAUAUACAAAUAUUUUUCGUAUUUGUAUAUAUAUAUAUGUAUACUUUCCUGACAUAUCUAAUUCAAAUAGAUUAUGUGAUAUCAUGUAUUUGAUGUGUGAUCGUGCAGAAGGUUUUAAAAAAAAUUAAAAAUAUAAGACUGGAGUUUCUUUUAACAACAAAAUAUAUUAUAACUUAGAAAAGAUAUUGUUUACUAAUAUGGAAAAUUAUCCAAAAAUAGAUGAUAACAUUUUGCACAUAUUUAUCUUACAAAGGUAUUAUGUGAAAAGUAUUAAGGAUUAUUCCAAAAAUGCAUUUAAUUUACUUCAUUUUUAUUUACCAGAUUAUUAAGAUAUAACUUAGUAUUUUUAUAAUACAAUUUAAUAGUAUUUUGAGGUAUAUAAAAUAAAUAAAGAAAGAAUAGUUCAAUCGAUCUGUGGGAGUACAGUCAAGUUUUAGAUAAUUUAAGAUGAACAGAUAUCAAUUUUUCACAUAUUUUAUACCUUGACCAUUGUACUUAUUUUUAAGCAUUUAUACGUAUUUAUAUAUUAUAAACAUGUUUUAUGCUUUUUUAUGUAUUAUAAAUAUGCGCAGUAUAUGCAAGCUUUUAUAUCUUUUCUAUAGAAAUACAUAAAUUGUAAUUCCA